AUGGCGUUAAUCGCGAGAGAUCCCGACAUCCCUACUUCUGAUUUCGACGAAGAAGGUGAAGAUAGAGACCAAUUUCACAUCGAACAGUUGGUUGAGGAGUUUAUCGACAAACCUCCAAUCCGCCACGAUGUGUACCCGGAGAGUGAAGACGGUCCAGUAAGAGCUCGUACGCAUAUGAGGCGUGAGGCGGGUCUCGAUUAUGUUCUCAAAACUGGGAGAAAUCUGAAGCAGUACAGGUAUGAUAAAGCCAAAAUAGGGUAUAAAUGUGUUGGUGUUAAUGAUGAGGAUGGAUCUAAAUGUGAGUGGAAUGUUUAUGCGUCGAUUUUGUCAAAUGAUAAGAUGUGGAGGAUCAAUAAGUUUACUGAUAAGCAUAGUUGUAUUCCAAAUGGAGUGUGUGAGAUGUUUACAGUGCUGCAUAUAGCUAGGUUGUUUGUUGAUAAGAUUAGGGAUGAUCCCGAGUUCUUCAUGCCAAGGAAGAUUGAAGAAAUUGUAAAGGCAGAUUGGAAGAUCAGUAUCACUAGACCUCAAUGUCAAGCUGCUAGGAAGACGGCACUAAAGUGGAUUGAGAGAGAGUAUGAUGAGCAGUUCCAUAGAUUAAGAGAUUAUGCAGCUGAGAUUAUGGAAGCAAACCCGAAUUCACAUGUCUUACGAAUGAUGAUGAAUAAGAUUAAGGGUCAGCUAUUGGUAGCUUUAGGCAGGGAUGCAAACAAUGGUAUAUAUCCAAUAGCAUGGGGAGUUGUAAAAGUGGAGAACUUUGACAAUUGGCUAUGGUUUGCAAAGUUGUUGAAGGAAGACCUUGGGUUAAACGAUGGUGAUGGAUUCAUCAUGAUGUCCGAUAGAAAAAAGGGAUUGAUCAAGGUUGUUUCUCUGGAGUUACCAAAGAUAGAGCAUCGGAUGUGUGUUCAACACAUCUACGGGAACUUGAAAAAGGCUCAUGGAAACAAAGCUCGACUGAAGUCACUACUAUGGGAUUUGGCAUGGUCUUACAAUGAGUCAGAGUAUUUGUGCCAUUUGGAGAGGAUAUUUGCUUACGACUCUCGCGUUUACAGUGAUGUAAUGAGGAAAAAUCCAAAGAGUUGGUGCAGGGCAUUCCACAAGGUUGGUAAUUACUGCGAAGAUGUCGACAAUAACUCAACAGAGUCUUUUAACAGCUCCAUCAACAAGGCAAGAGAGAAGCCUUUUGUUGCAAUGCUAGAGACAAUAAGACGACUGGCCAUGGUGCGAAUAUCAAAGAGGUCAACCCUAUCUCAUAGUCACACAUGGAUCUGUACUCCAUAUGUUGUUAAUUUUCUCGCGGCUGAGCACAAAGCAGCAUCUACGGCUAAGGUGUCAACAAGCACAAAUGGCACCUUCGAAGUCAAAAUUAGUGGAGACUCUCACCGUGUCUGUCUAAAGAAGAUGACUUGUAUGUGUCAAAAGUGGCAAAUAUGUGGCAUCCCGUGUGAGCAUGCAUAUGGUCUCAUCAUUCAUAAGACGCUAACGGCUGAAAACUAG